ACAGACACAGGGCACCCAUGGACAGCAGGGCACCCAGCUCCCCGCUGCAAAACGAGGGUGCUCUGCAGCAACCCAGCACCCUGCAGGACUCUCCCAGCCCCCCGCAUCCUCGGGGGCUGCUCUCCGUCAUCCAGAGGCUGAGGGGCUCCCCAGGGCAGGAGCUCCGCAUCGUGCUGCUGGGGCUGGACAAUGCAGGCAAGACCACGCUGCUGAAGCGCCUGGCAUCUGAGGAGGUCAGCACCAUCACCCCCACCCAGGGGUUCAACAUCAAGAGCGUCCACUCGCAUGGCUUCAAACUGAACAUCUGGGACAUUGGUGGGCAGCGUGCCGUCCGACCUUACUGGAGGAAGUACCUGGGCAGCACCGACCUGCUGAUUUAUGUCAUCGACAGUGCAGACCAGAAGCGCUUUGAGGAGACAGGGCAGGAGCUGGCAGAGCUCACUGAGGAGGAAUCUCUGAUGGGGGUCCCACUGCUGGUAUUUGCCAACAAGCAGGACCUGGUGACAGCAGCACCUGCAGCUGAGAUCGCAGAAGGGCUGAGCCUCCACACCUACCGGGACCGAGAGUGGCAGAUCCAGGCCUGCUCGGCUCUGUCUGGAGAAGGUGUGCAGCCCUCUCUUCCCCUCAGGAUGGAAUGAGCUGGAUUUCCAAGCAGAUCAUGAGCAGGAAGAAGUGAGAGCUGCAGAGUGACAGAGCUGCAGGUCACUGAGCCACGGCCAACCUCUCCUUCAGUCCCCACAUACCCCGAAGGCCUGACCAGGCCCUGAGCCUCCAACUCGCGCUCUGAGGGGUUUUCCACAUGGUUGUUCACCAUUCAUCCUCCCUUCUCUCCUCAUCUUCUGGGCCUCCAUGUCUCCUGGGUCCUUCUUGGUGGAGGGAAGCGCGGCCCACAGCGUUAUGGCCCCACACACCUCCCAGAUGGGCGCCCCUCAAGACAGUGCCCCGGGCACCGCUGCGCCUGUGGGCACAGCCCACACACAAACAGCGCGGGAUGUGGCAGGGAGGGAUGUGGUUCAGCGAUGAGACCCAGUGGGUUAAGGUGACGCAGGGACAUUGUCCUGGGCCGGCAGCACGGGCAGCGCUCAAUAAAGCAGCCCCUGAGCUCC